AUGAAGAGCUACCUCGCACUACUCGCUUUCUCCGCGGUUGGGUUGUGUGCCCAUGGCGACGCAGCGAGCAAAGAGAUGGGCCCGGCUGCCUUCCUGUGGCCACCCGAUCGUCUCUGGGGUGCAGCGUAUGACAACAACGCCCCAUGCGGCUCAUCAACAGGACCCGUGAACCGAACGAACUUCCCACUUAUCAACGGCAAGCUCGCACUUGUACUCCAAGACGAGUCAUGGAAAAUGCAGGUUGCUAUCUCUCACAAGAGCAACCCAAGUACCAAUGAUGACUUUGAGCCCUUCAUUAAUGGCUCUACUCUUAGCGACAUUAAGCCGGGACACGAAUGCUACUCCGUCCCCAACCCAUCGAUCGACAUAGAAGAGGGAACGAACGCCACCUUCCAGAUCAAAUACACCUCGGAUUUUGAUACCGACAAAAACGAAACCUACUACGCGUGUGCAGACAUCACAUACGUCGCUGCGAGCAAAUUCACCUACCAGGUCCCUUGCUUCAAUGUGACAAGUGAUGAGUUCACCGAUGUGACUACUACCACGACCGCUGCAUCUGGGUCUACUGCUACUGCGGCGUCGGGCACAACGAAGAACUCGGCUACCACGAGUGAAAAAAGCUCUGGUCUUUCAGGAGGAGCUAUUGCGGGUAUUGUCGUUGGCUCUGUGGCUGGAUUGGUUAUUGGAGUUGCCUUACUCUUCUUCUAUAGAAGGCUUUUGCAGAAGUAUCGCUUCUUCCGGCAAAAGGCUUCCACCCGGAAUGUGGACUGGAAUGAUGACGCACCUCAAAAUAAAGUCGACGAUAAUGUUCCGAUUGGGCUACGCAAAAUUCGGUGA